CACCGAUUCUGACUGUAAUCUUCUUCUAUACCAAGAACACCACCUCCAAACCCUCAAGGAACUCCAAACUUGUUCAGACUCUCACAUGUCGAAGACCCUUCUGUCUCGCAUCAAACCCCUCCACAACCCAAAGCCCGCUUCUUUAUCUUCUUCUUCACCACCCCACAUCAAGAGGCUAGUCAAUGACACCAUCCAAAUCCUCAGAGCCGAUGACCAGUGGGAACAAUCUCUUGCAACCCAAUUCUCUGAAACCGAAACGCUUGUUUCCGACGUUGCCCAUUUCGUUUUGGACCGAAUACAUGAUGUAGAAUUGGGUUUGAAGUUCUUUGAUUGGGCUUUUAAGCGACCGUAUUGCUGCUCUCCAGAUGGGUUUGCGUACUCUUCGCUUUUGAAGCUUUUGGCGAGGUUUAAAGUGCUUUCGGAGAUUGAAUUGGUAAUGGAGCAAAUGAAAUUUGAAGAAGUAAAGCCGACCAUUGAUGCGUUGAGUUUUGUACUUCGCGCAUAUGCAGAUUCUGGGCUCGUUGAUAAGGCUCUUGACUUUUAUUGUUUUGUAGUUAAAGUGUAUGAUUGUGUUCCGGAUGUUUUUGCGUGCAAUACAUUGCUAAACGUGCUUGUAAAGAAUCGGAGAGUUGAUGUUGCACACCGGGUGUAUGAUGAAAUGGCUGAGAAAGGUGGUGGUGAUCAUGUAUGUAUGGAUAACUAUAGUACUUGUAUCAUGGUGAAGGGUUUGUGUAAGGCAGGGAAAGUUGAGGAAGGUAGAAAGUUGAUUGAGGAUAGGUGGGGAGAGAGUUGUGUACCAAAUGUUGUUUUUUACAAUACACUUAUUGAUGGAUAUUGUAAGAAAGGUGAUGUCGAAAAUGCUAAUCGGCUUUUUAAAGAGUUGAAGUUGAAGGGGUUUUUGCCCACGUUGGAAACUUAUGGAGCUAUGAUAAAUGGGUACUGCAAAGAAGGAAACUUUAAAGCGAUUGAUCGACUUUUGAUGGAAAUGAAGGAGAGAGGCUUGACUAUCAAUGUUCAAGUACAUAAUAGUAUUGUUGAUGCUAGAUGUAAACACGGUAGCUCAGCUAAAGGAGUGGAGUCUGUAACAAUGAUGAUUGAGUGUGGUUGUGAGCCAGAUAUUACGACCUACAAUAUUUUGAUUAAUAGUUCAUGUAAGGAUGGGAAGGUUGAGGAAGCUGAGCAGUUUUUAAACAACGCAAUGGAAAGGGGAUUAGUGCCAAAUAAGUUUAGUUAUACUCCUCUUUUUCAUGUAUAUUUCAGAAAAGGGGAACACUGUAGGGCAUUGGAUAUAUUUACUAAGAUAACAGAAAGGGGACACAAACCUGAUUUGGUUUCUUAUGGAGCUCUCAUCCAUGGACUUGUUGUUUCUGGGGAAGUUGAUACUGCAUUGACAGUCCGGGACAGAAUGAUGGAAAAUGGAGUAGUGCCUGAUGCUGGCAUUUUCAAUGUUUUGAUGAGUGGCCUUUGCAAGAGAGGGAGGCUUUCUACUGCCAAGCUGCUGCUUGCUCAGAUGCUUGACCAAAAUAUACCACCAGAUGCAUUUGUUUAUGCCACUCUGGUAGAUGGGUUAAUCAGAAAUGGCGACCUUGACGAGGCAAAGAAACUAUUUGGGUUAACAAUUGACCAGGGUCUAGACCCUGGUGUUGUGGGGUACAAUGCCAUGAUUAAGGGUUUCUGCAAAUUUGGAAUGAUGAAGGAUGCACUGUCAUGCUUUAAAAAAAUGAGGGAAGUGCAUCAUCAUCAUCCUGAUGAGUUCACUUAUUCAACAAUAAUUGAUGGGUAUGUCAAACAGCAUAACUUGGAUGCUGCUCUGAAUUUGUUUGAACUGAUGAUCAAACAGGGAUGCAAGCCAAAUGUGGUCACGUACACCUCCUUGAUAUAUGGGUUUUUCCACAAGGGAGAUUCCCGUGGAGCUGUAAAAACUUUCAGAGAGAUGCAAUCUUGUGGUAUGGAGCCAAAUGUAGUCACGUACAGCAUACUUAUUGGAAACUUUUGCAAGGAAGGUAAACUUGCAAAAGCAGUCUCCUUUUUUGAACUAAUGCUAAAGAACAAGUGCAUUCCUAAUGAUGUUACCUUCCAUUAUCUGGUCAAUGGGUUCACAAAUAAUGAACCUGGUGCAAUUUUGGAGGAAGUGCAUGAGUCUCAAGAAAAUGAGAAAUCUAUUUUUCUGGGUUUUUUUGGAAGGAUGAUAUCAGAUGGUUGGUCCCAAAAGGCUGCUGUGUAUAAUUCCAUUAACAUUUGCCUUUGCCAUAAUGGGAUGGUUAAAACUGCGUUACAGUUGUGUGAUAAGUUUGUAAAUAAGGGUAUCUUUCUAGAUUCUGUUUCUUUUGCUGGUCUGCUUUAUGGUAUUUGCUUGGAAGGAAGAUCCAAGGAAUGGAAGAAUAUCAUCUCUUUUGACUUGAAGGACCAGGAACUCCAAACUUCUUUAAAAUACUCGCUCAUAUUAGAUGAUUACUUACAUCAAGGAAGACCAUCUGAAGCUACACUUGUUCUGCAGUCAUUGGUUGAAGAAUUUAAGUCUCAAGACCAAGAAGUGGAUCUUACAGACAUAAAAACAUAGAGGAAGAACAUCAUCUUUGUUUUUGUUUUUGUUUUUUUUUUUUGGCCAGUGAGUUGUCAGUUGAGGUAAGCUAGCGCUACAACGGAAGUCACUUUUCCACUCCAUGAUACAUUGAGUGGUUACAUAACAUAAAUGAGGGUCAUUUAGACAUUUUGUGGACAUGAUGACUUGAUAAAUCCAUCAUAAGAAUUGGCUCUCGAGGAUCCAAAAGAGUUUCUUUGACUCUAUAUACAAAUAUUUUGGUAAGGGUAUUCUUAACAGACCAAACACUUCGGACUUACGAGCCAAAGGUUGCUUUCUUUGAUCAUAGAUUAAUCCUACCUUAUGGUGUUUGUGAAUGCAGUUUGGUGACGCUCAAGUACAAAUAGUUCAGUAUACUUGUAGAUUAGCUUUAAUUAUUACAUACGAAAGCAAUCAUGCAUGUCAGCAGGAUAUUGGAUCAAACGUGACUUUCCUUUUGAGGCUAGGAAGGAUGAUAGUCAAUUCUACUGCAGGGUGGUGAAGCCAUAAAGGAAGUGGUUUCAUAGACAAGUAAGAACUAAUUAAGGAUGCAUCAUCAUCAGUUGACAUGCAUCAUCGUACGUCGCGACACCGCGGCAAUGAUGCUCCUAGUUGCCACCUUCCUCACAGCCUCGACUGUCCACACAAGCCCUCCAACUCCUUCCCCAAACAGCUACACCUCGGCGCUCCA